AUGUCUGCCAUCCCACCAGGAAACGUCGAAAACGGUGAAAAGCUCUUCAAGGCUCGUUGUGCUCAAUGCCACACUGUUGCCAAGGAUGCUCCAAACAAGCAAGGUCCAAAUCUCUAUGGUCUCUUUGGUCGUAAGUCUGGAACUGUUCCAGGUUAUGCCUAUUCUGAUGCCAACAAGAACGCUGGUGUCAUGUGGGGUGAACAAACCUUGUUUGACUAUCUCGAGAAUCCAAAGAAAUAUAUUCCAAAGACCAAAAUGGCUUUCCCUGGAUUUAAGAGUGCCCAAGACAGAGCUGAUACCAUUUCUUACUUGCAAGCUCAAGCCUAA